UGUAAUUUCAGCCAGUCACUUCAGCUCGAGAGAUUCCUCACGCGCGUAGUGGUAGUAGGAAUCGGUCGGAGCUCCCUCCUCUUUUCGUAUGUGCGCGCUUGUACACGCGCGUACAGCUCGUACGCCGUACGGGAAGUGCGUGAACCGAGUCACGAUCAGUCUCUGAAACGUUGAACGGGGGAAAAGGAUUCUCGAUGCAUUCAUUUCGAUAAGCGGGCUAGAGUGCGCGCGCGCGAUAGGGACGAUAGAGAGAAGACGAAGCACGACGAGCAAAAAGAAAAUAGAGGAAGAAGAGAAAGCAUUGGGAAAAAAGUGCAGCAGACAAAACAGUAUCCGAACGUGUGUGAGCAUCGAUAGGGUUUUACGCAAAUGGACUUUCUUCGAUCCUGGCACGCUUUAGGCGAACACAGCCGAGCAAAACGGAACGCGCAUCUUCGAGGAUACGACGGCGUCGAGUCUUCUUCCCUGUGAACAACGCGAUCAAGUACAAGUGUACAAGUGUGAGUGGAAAAGAGAGGGCGAGGAAGAGAAGAAGACGCCGGAAGGAGGAAGAGAAAGAGGAGAAAAGUGGUGCGCAGUGUGGAAGAAAGAGGACGAUAGGACGCUCGCCCUACGGUGUCUCUCUUACGGUGUUAGUGAAUGGAACGCAUCGCGAUAUUCGAGCGUAAUACGACGCUCCAUGAGUUCGCGCUGCACCAAUGACCGGCCGGGAUUGGCGGUCACGUGACGCGCGUGCUAAGCUAGCAGCAGAACAUUGUAAAUGACAAGCAAGACAAGACGCGUUGGGUAUUGUUGUCGCACCAUCGUUACCGCUACCGUUGUACUUCGAAAAUUCCUCUUCACCAUUACCGUUAGUGUUACUACCACAUUAUUAUUGCUUCUGCUGCCGACACCACGUCCAUGAAAAAAGAAAUCUACUACAAAAACGACGCGAGUCUUAUUACCGCCAGUUUGUCAUCGUCGCCGUCGUCGUCGUCGUAAUUGCUGUUGCCGUCAUUGCGUUGUCGCCGGCAAGCGAUAAGUCACUCUAUAUUUCGUAUGUUUAUAACCUACUGCUAGUAGGAAAAUUAAAAAAACGUAGAGUAAUCCUGUGGCAUCAGCCUAUAUGACACAAUGUCAGGGUCUCAACGCAUGCGAAAGUCUUCGCCAUGCUCUACGUCAAAGCAAGGACCAAUGCGAGCUACCCUGCCUGUAAGCUCUCUGCUACGGCAGGGUCGACAAGGCAGCAGUCUAAGAAAAAGUAACAGCAACAGUCCUACUGUGUCUCCGCCAAAUGCUAGUACAUGGCGGACACGUAUUUCACCAGAGACUUCGGCUUCCUCGGGACAACGGAGCCCUGGUUCGCUUUCCUAUAAAGCCAAAUCGAAAACAUUAAGUGGUCGCUGUAGUGAAAGUCUAAGUGGUAACCAAAAUAUCCGUAGAACUGCAUCCUUGGAUACAAUAUAUCUAAAAGGCCAAUGGCCUCGCGACACAUACUAUAUACAUUCCAGCCAGCUGGUAGUUGAUAAAUCUACACAGACUGACGAAUGGUCUAUUGAACCAAGGAAGAUGCACACUCGUCAUUCUACAGAACAAACCACCACAGAUGAAAAACUAGAAAAGUACUUCAGACAUAGAUUACAGCGUACAAAUAAAGAGAGUACUAGUAGUAGGGAAAGAACAGCAGCUUUUGGCCUUAUAAUGCCUGGUGGCCCACCACCUGCUCUUCCUGGUGAUCAUUCUGUGCAUUUGCCCAGCAUUGCAUCACAGACAUCUAUAUACAAUCAAUUUUCUUUGAAUGCAAAAGCAAGUCCUAUGAGCAUACCCGUAAAACCAAUGAGGCCUCCAAUGCGUUCUUCCAUUGAAGGACUGAAUCAAGAAAUUGAAGGAUUAGUACUCAAAUCUACAACAAACACUAACGAUCCAGAUCAUCCAAUAGAAGAUAAGUAUGCGCGAUAUCGUGAGCAAAUAACACCCGAAGGACAUCGUGCACCUUUGGCAGAUUUGUUGAGGGCGACUCGUAGUGUCAACACACAAACACCAGCUACUGAUCUUCCUUCCAGUUCUUACUCCUCAGGCCCUCCAUCUAGGAAUUCUGAGUCUCCGCUGAUACCUGGUCUUAUGGAUGCUUCCCGUUCACCUAGCGAUCACUUCCAAGGUGGAAGCCGCGGAUCAACGCCUGAACAGGAUAGAGAAGGUCGUCUUGGAACGUCUCCUCAUAUUAACAGGUUCCUUGCAAGAGAACCUCCUGAUGGCUGUGAGAAGGUCAACCUCAAGUUUGUAGAAGAUACGAGGCGACCUAUGAUUGACUUGAGCAAACUAGAGUAUUGUUCGAAGCCAUGUGUAUCAUUCCAAUUAAAACCAAGUUUGGGCUCAGCGUUCCUGCCAUUGCAACAGCCGGCCAGUCCGACAGUGGUUGCUAGUGCAUCAGCCUCUUCUCAUACAGCAUCAACUACACCUCCCCCGAAUCCAUAGUCCUACUUUUUGCCUUAUGGAGUAGCAUUCAUAAUACCAUUUGAUAUAUAUUUUUUUUAAAGACUUCAUGGGUAGAAAGUGGACUUACUUCAGGUAAAGACAUAUGUACCGACAAAGAAAAGUUACCAAAAAUGCAGCCUGUCCCUAGUGUGAGCUAAUGUUUGGACAAAGUGAUUAUGUAAUUAGAAUUAUAAUUGCAUUAAUAUAAAGUAUGGGGAAGGCUUCUAAGCUCUGCUAAUAUUUGAAACAAUAAUAAAUACGAGGAACAAUAAUUUGUGAUAACUAAAAGAUGACGAACGAACGUUUGGAAACGAACAUUGUGUUCUACAGGGAAAAAGACUAAUGGAAAUUGUGUAUUCUAAAUUUAGUGCAAAAAUGUGCUAAACAAGUUUAGUUUUGUAUACAGGAAAUAAUAUUCAACAUGUCGGAAGGUAUUAAAUUUAAUUGCUGGAGAAAGCAAAAUUAUACAGAUACAGAGAAAGGGGUAUGUAUGCAUACAUAUGUACAUUCACACCCACCUAUAAUGAUUUAUCUCACUUAUACAUCUAUCAUUUUAAACGAUCCAAGAUAAUUCAGUGUCAUAUGUUAGAAUUUUGUAUGGUUUUGUAUUAUUAAUUGUAUACUGAAGAUAUUCAAAUUAUCAUUAUUAUUAACAUCAUUAUUAUUAAUUUUAUUCAUUAUUAUUAAUUAUUAUGAUUAAUAAUAUCAUAUGGGGAGCUUGAAAAUCAAGUACUGUUAAACUCCUUUUGUUUCUUUUUAAGUAUUAGUAGAGUUCAAUAUCAUCUUAAGACAAAGUAUAUAGUUUUGUUACUAUCAAAAUUUAUGCUAUAUUAUAUAUAAAAGUUUGUACUUUUUUAAUUUCUUUUUUUUUUUCUUUUUUAUUUCUGAUAAAUAUUUUACGAAGUAAGAAUAGUGCUAUUGCAAAUUGCAUUUGUAAUUAAAAAUUACCAGUAUCUAAAAAUUUUAUUUGCACUAGAAAAAGUUUUAUACAUGUCUAUGUCUUUUGGUAAUAUAAUACCAUUGGGCUAUGCAAUUUUUUUAUUUAAAUUGUAUUAUGUUAGAUUAUAAUCAGUAUAUCUACUAUCAAUAAAACAUGUAUCGAGAAAUCGAUGCAUGUAUGAUAAAACAAGCCCAACGAUAUAGGGUGGGUGUAAUAAAGAAAAAAAAUGGGAAAGUGAUAAUGUUGCAGACUGAUUAAAGUAAAAGGAAAAAAUACUUUAAUCGGUGCUGUAUCAGAUGUGCAUACAAAAUGACUCCUUUUCAUGACACUGGUGUGCGUGCGUGUGUGUGCGCGCGCGUGUGUGUGUAUAGGGGGUGAAUGAGUAUGUACUAGUGUAGCGCGUGGAUAGGUUUUUUUUUGUAUAAACGUGGAUCUUAGUAAGAAGAUAUAUAAAAUCUGCAUUUUAUAAGGACAACAGCAUGCAUGUGUUGUAAUAAUGAGAAUCCUGAUUGAGCCAUUCAUGAGAAUAACCGGAGAAAUAAGUUUAAUCAUAGAAAGGAGUGAUUCGAAUGUGUGUGUAUAUAUAUAUAUGUAUAUAUAUAUAUGUAUAUGUAUAUGUAUAUGUGUAUAUGUAUAUGUAUAUAUAUAUCCGACUUAUAUAUAUAUAUAUAUAUAUAAUUUCAUGAUUGUAAAAAUUUACUAUAAACAGAACUUUUAACAUGUAUCUGAACUGGACUGCAAAAAAAAGUAAGAGAGAGAAGGAAAGGAUAUAAAGUUAAAAAAAAAUUGGACUUAGUGAUGUAUUCGUUUUUAUGAAAUUUUUAUUCAACAUUAACUGUGCAUUGAAUGGAUCAUUGAAAUAUCAAGAUAGAAAUAAGCGUACCUAAAGUCCUUUAUGAGAUGGUUUAAAUUAUUCUGUAGAAUAUACAGACAUAGCAACACCGAGGAAGCUCAAUUUAUUUUUUGCUUUCUACUACAAAAGAAUUUGCAGAAAAAUUUUAUAGCUACAGGUCUGAAAAAUCAGAAACUCAAUAAAAUAUAAGGAGCAGGGCAAACAGUUUGUUAAGUACAAUAGAUCAAUAGUAAUAUACUUUCUAAUAUUAUAAUAUCUAUUUAGCUAUAACAGUGAAAAAUGUUAACACAUAAGUACCUGGCACACUGGUCUAUGCUCUCUUUUAACCAGCUUAUUAGGAAGUUCAUGUCUUAGAAUGCGUGGCAAUGUGUGCUACACAUACAAGAAGGUUAACUAGAGAGUUAAGAUACAUAUAAAUAUAUUAGCCAAUUAAAAUGUGUACAACACGAAACUAAUUUGUACUUUACUAGUUUAAGAACACUUUACUUAUAUUUUGGCGUAUAGCUGAGAUUAGUACACCAUUUUAAGAGUAUUCUAAUCUAAGCAUUAGAUGUAUCUUAGAAUUAUGACAUUGAAUACGCGCUUCUGUAUAUAUUUUUAAAAGAUAAAACACAGAAUUGAGAAAUAAUUACGAAAAUGAAACAGUGUAAUCAAAGAGAAUGUUUGAUAUGCUUUAGACAAGUGCAAAGGAAUGCCAUUGAAAAAAGUUAUAUUAUUUUUAUCGCAUUAUCAAAACUUCUCUUUUUAACCUUCAUGUACUUGCAUAAUGUGUUAUCAUUAUUGUUAGCUUUUGUUGUCAAUUUCAUAAAAGAGAAUAAUGUGUGUAAAGACUGCUAAAUUAUAAUUAUCUAUUAUUUGGAGAUACAUAAAAAGAAAGAUAUAAAAAGAAAAAAAGAAAAAAAAAAAGAAAAAAAAUGAUUAAAUAAAAUAGGCUCAGAUUUUAUUGAUUACCUAUGAAUAUAAAUAUAGGUAUUUUUGUGAUUCUUUUAAUUCUCUCAUUACAAAACAAUCCUUAUGUGACUACUGUUCGGUACACUCUCUUUCUACAUAUCUAAUUCAAUCUGAGCAGGUUUCAGAAAUGCAAAAUAGUUACGUCAAUUAUAAAUUUAUUUAACCCUAGGACUGUUCAGGCAUACCAUCAUUAACGUAUCAUGCGCGUAUUAAAAGCGAUUAAUUGUAUAACGUAGAGUGCAAUUUGUAAUUUGCUCUAAAGUGUGCAACCAUUUUUGUGGCACACGAUACGUGUAUUUGUACAGAAUAUCUCAACAAUUUUAUAUAUAUAUGCUGGAAUUGAAUGCAACUUUUUUUAUUCACUGUUUCGCAAUAAAUAUAUAAAACAAUGA